AGGGCUCAGAGUGCUGCACACAGUACUUACUUACGCGCGGGGGUGUCGCGCGAUGCAUUUUUUUUUUCUAGAUACUACUGUCGGUACAGCCGUGGAUUCAAUCUAUUGGAAGUUGGGUCUUCUCGUGCCCAACAUGAUGGUUCGUGUAAUGACAAAGUCUUUGUUUUUUGGAGUCGGUUGUAUUAGUUCGAUUUAUUGUAGUUGCGGUAGUAUCGUGGAGCCCGUGUCGUGUCGUGGUCGGUCCUGAGGAGAUGUAACGCAAAAAAUGUAAGCAUAAGAGAAGAUACUUUAUGCACUGUGCGUCUUCGCGUUCGCGCAAGAAUUAAAGAAAAAGUCAAGAAAAUCGUUGUCAAUCAAGUCCAUGGCUUCCAGCAACAGCUCCAACUUCACACCUGUGCCCGGCCGGCUUUUCGGAUGGGGAAGUGGGAAACCGAAGUCCGCGCUGCCGGGAGCCACAACUGUGGACAAACAACAGCACGUCUGUUUUCCGGAGCAACUCAUGCGAAGGAAGCUCUUUCAUCAGGUGUCCGCGGACACGGGGGGAGUUUUCGCCGCCCUCGACUCCGACCUGCAGCUGUGGGUGUGGGGAACUGGUGCCAGUGGUAGAUCAAAUUUCCCGGAGAUUCCGACUGUCGCUGAUGCAAAGACGAAAUUCUCUUGUUGCGCCGUGACGGAAUCUAGUGUCUUUGCCAUUUAUCCACAGAAAAAAACCCAUCCACAUCCAAUUUGCCUGGCAAAACCCGUAUCAGAUCAUGUGUUUGUCAUGCAAAAAAUGGAUGUGGGUGGGUUCUUUUCUGUGGAUACCAUUGAGAGCGAAAGUGGUUGUCUCAUCGAAUUCACCGCCGGCACGGGCGGGAAGUUUGUUGAGCGCACGGAAGUAGGGGAAGACCAGCUGUUUUCAUUAUCGUCAUCUUCCCCAGGCGCCGGCGGCGCAAAGUCGUCUCUUGAUGCUGCUUCCCCCGGCGCGGCGAAGCUUAUCCGGGUAAAAGACCUCAGUGCCUGCGGAACAAAUUGCCUGGUCAUCGCAGACAUCCUAGUGCAAGAACAAGCGGAGCAGCGUUGCGUGGCUUUCUUUCGCGACAAACCGGCCUCAUCGCGAAGCGCAGCGUGGAGGUGUUUGUCCAGAUGGAUCGACGCCGACGCGCGAUUGGUCUCCGCGGGUUCGAGGCAUUUUGCGGUCGUCGAUGUGAAAAACCGUCUCUGGACCUGGGGCAUGAAUCGCAACGGAAAUUUGGGCCUCGGCAAACGGCACACGGGAAAGAAUUCCUUCGUCGAGAGCCCUGUGGAAGUGACAAAAGACGUCGACGGCGUGAGCACCCCAUGGUUCGACGAAGAUCCUUCCAAUGCGAUUGUGAGAAUCGAUUGCACGCGGGGGCAGCCAAUGCCCAAGAACGACUUUCCAGACCCAACCGGUCAAGAAGGCCCGAGACUUCACGUUGUGACAGCCGAUGGCAAGCUCCACAUAGCCGGCACGUGCCACAAGGGAUUGGGCGCGUGUCAUCUUUUCAAAGUUAUGACCAGUCGUGAGGACCAUUUGCGGCCUUACGAGGUUGGCAGCGUUGCGCAGGAUGGCGUACAACUCUUCUUGAGGGGCGGCGGGUGCUUCACGGGUGCGUUCGAAGACGGAUUAUUCGUACAACAUUCUGGGAUGAAUACCGGUGGUGUAGUGCCCGCAUUGGACACGGCCGUCUUGCGGCGUGCGGGAAUCGACGUGAGAAGAGCGGCGGGUAUCAAUAUAGAAGAAGUAGUAGAUGCAGUAGCGCAUGAGCAGGCACAUGAAAAUCAACGGGAUCAUCAUGAUGAUGUGCCCUUAUCUCAAGAGCAGGCUCCCACAGCACCUUCUCUACUUACCCCAGCGGAAGAUAAAGAGGAGGGCGACGUCGACGAGAGACCACAGCGGCCACCGCUGCAACAGACGGAGCGACAGACCUUGAAGGUGUUUUUCACCGACCAUCCCGGCGAUGCCGCAGUGCGGACGCGCUAUCUCGACGGUGUGCGCAUCAUCGGGAGUGCCCCAACGCACAUCCACAGCUUUGCGUUUUCCGAGAACGGACAAAUGUUCGGCUGGGGUUGCGGGAGCGACGGUCGCUUGGGGUUGCGGGCGUUUUUCAACAAAAGCGGCUCCAAGCGCCUGAUGAAGUGCUACGUUUCCAUAUGCAAUGUAAAUUUCCCGUACAUGUACAAAGCGCAUGACAAAUGUCGCUAACUUGCUGUGUCCAACUACUUGUCAAGCUAGACUAGGACUGAAGGCAAUUUUUGUCAUGCAGAGACUGCAGUUGUACGUGUACGGGAAAUUUACUGUGGAUAUUCCACGCCGACGCAAAUCGAGGCCCUCGAGGGUGAGAGCUGUCGGUUGCGGCAAGUGUUGGAGUUUCGCGAUUGUUGA